AUGCCCCCCUCCGAUGAGAUAAAGGCCAAAGACGCUCUGAUCAAGAAACAGCGUGACGUCAUCGCCAAAUACCUCAUCCUCGACAUCGAAGACUUUCUCGCUGAAGCCCGCGAAAAGGAAGAGGCAGAGGCUGCGGAAGCGUACGAACUUGCGCUGGCAGAGGACAAGGCCAGGGGCAGAUGGAUAAAAUGGAAGAAGAUCUACAGACUACAAUACGACGGCGUCUCAGUUCGGAGCAUCAUCUACUACAACUUCCGUAGCCUUUGGGAGUCUUGGGGCACCAAUCCGUACCAUCUGCACGCCGCCUGGUACGCCAUCAUGCUGACCUUGCUGCUACUUUGGCUCAUCGGAAGCAUCGUCUGCGGAUACUACGAAGCGGAGAAGGAGACGGGCAGCGUGCGGAUGGCCAAGCUGUGCAGGGGCAUUCUGGGCUCUAUUCCGCCAAUUGUGCAGUUCAUCCUCUUCUUGUUUCCGCCGCUGUUUGUUCAAUUCUGA